AUGACCGAGCCAAUAAUUGAAGAUGUCAUUGACGUUGUUGAUCGACCUAUAGGAUAUCAAAAGUAUGGGCAUGGAAAACAUUACAUCUUGGGUAUAUGUGGGGCUGUUGGUAAGGAGAAAAACUAAAUUUAACAAAAAUUUUUUUAAUUUUUUAUAUAUAAUUUUUUGACUGGAAGCCUGAUGGAAGAUUUUCAAGGUAUUUUGCACUGAAAAUCUUCCACAAAUCUUACAUUUCAACUUUUUGAAAUUUUGAGUCAUAUGACAUUGUUAAUAAGAUAUUUAUAGGUUGUUACAAAAAAGACUGGCCAGAACAAGCGCUUCAAGCUUUUGACGCAUCAAAGUACACGAUUGUUUGUCUGGACCCGCCCGGUUACGGUACCAGUCGGCCACCUGAUCGUGUUCAAGAAGUCACACGAUGUAAACAGGACGCCAAGUACUGUAUUGAGCUUAUGAAGGUGAGUAAUAUGUGUUAAAGCUAGCUCUAGCCUAGAGCCCAAGCCCAGAGCCCUAGCUCAAAGCCCUAGCCCAGAGCUCUAGCCCAGACCCCUAGCCCAGAGCCCUAGCCCAGCGCCCUAGCCCAGAGCCCUAGCCCAGAGCCCUAGCCCAGAGCCCUAGCCCAGAGUCCUAGCUCAGAGCCCUAGCCCAGAGUCCUAGCACUGCUUAAAAAAAGUUACAGUAAUCUUUUUACAGAAGCUUCAGCUAACGCCAUUUUGUGUGAUGGGUUGGAGUGAGGGCGCACGAACAUCGGUUCAUGUCGCUCAACAAGGGCAGAAACUGGUUGAUCGUGUUGUUCUCAUGGCGGCAAGUACCCGGGCGGAUGCACGCGGAGAUCAAGGAUUUCAAGGUAGGGUGGGAGGACUAAGCAUGUUUUUAGGGUAGGGUAAAGUAGGGUAGGGUAGGGUAGGGUAGGGUAGGGUAGGGUAGGGUGGGGUAGGGUAGGGUAGGGUAGGGUAAGGUAGGGUAGGGUAUGUAUUACUAUUUUUAUAUUGUUUUAGGUAUCAAAGACACUGACUUAUGGACAAAUGAAAUGAGGGACAAGUACCUGAAGUUCUGCACAGAUGACUUUUUAAAGGUCCAAUGGGCAGCUCUGUGCGAUGUUAUACAUGAGUAAGCAUUUUUUUAAAUUAAAGUAACUUUUUAAACUUAUAAAAAAAUUUUGAAUUUUUUUAAAAAUUUUUAAAUUUUUUUGAAAUUUUUAAAUUUUUAAAAACUUUUUUAAAAAUAAAAAUCAUGAUAUUGAUGAAUUACAGAGUAUUCACAAACUAUAGCGGUCGAUUUCCAUCGGAUCUCAUCCUUCAUUCUAUCAAACAACCAGUAUUGUUGACUUACGGAGGCGCUGAUAAAUUCAUUAUGGAUCAGAAAUACUUCAAAACUAAAAUUCCGCAUUUGAAGUAAGCUUUUAUCUUAUUUUUUGUGUAAAAUACGAAAAAGCAAAAGAUGGAGGGAGGUGGUUUUAAAGAUUUUUUAAAAAAUUAAAAUUUUUUAUGACUUUUUAACGAAACAUAGGAAAAAGCACCGUUUACCGUAAUAAGCGUAAGGCGGCGUAAUUGGCGCUGGGAGCAUAGGAGGGGAGGGAAGGGGGGUGUUUUUUUUUGAUUUGGGAUUGGUGAUCUUCUUCCAGAGUCUCGUGUUUUUUUAUAUUAUCCUGCCCUACCCUACCCUAUUCUACUCUACCUUACCUCUACCGCUAUCUCUGCCCCUAUCUCUACCCUUAUCUCUACCACUACAUUUACGCCAGAGCUCUAGUCUAAACCCUCCCCCUACGCUUCUUUUAACCUAUCUACAAAAAAUUACAUUUCGUUCACAUAGUAUUGAUUUUUUGCAAUUCAAUCAUACCUAACCGUAAUUUUAAACCUACCUUAAUGUAAAAUACUCAGUGAGGUGUCAGGUCAUAAUUUGUUAAAAAUUUUCAGAGAAGCAGUCCACAUGACCGGAGGGCAUGAGUUCUACGUCCAAGCGCCAAGAUGGUUCGCUCUUCGCAUAAACGAGUUUUUCAAAGAGACUGGAGCUCAAUUUUAA